AUGAUCGCGCCUGCGUCGGCGGUGCACUCUAUGUCUGUGAAUUUACUAGGCACUAACGAUAUCUUUAUGGAAAACUCAGCUAAGGGUGACCCAAGAGGAGACGUUGUCGCUAGAGGAAUCGUCAGUGAGGAGCUUGCUCGUGUCAUGUAUGAGAGGUUUACGGGUGGGUCGAAAAACUUUCUUCCUCUUUUUGAUCCGAUCAGAGACACAUUCGACUCUGUCCGUUCAAGAUCCUUGUUUUGCUUCACGGUGAUUAUCUAUCUGGCUAGUCGCGCAGUGACAGAUUUGCGCGGAGACACGCAUAUGCAGCGUGUUCUACAAGAUGAGGCACAACGUUUAGCCGAAGACAGCUUCUUCGAGCGACCCACCAAACUAGAAACAGUCCAAGGAAUGAUUCUCCUAGCUGCCUACUCCGAAAAGACCUGGUUCUCAAUUGCUCUCAUUCUUCGUACCGCCUUAGAUUCUGGAUUGGAGAAAUCCUUGGACACUUUGUUGUCCCAAGAAAAUGUGCCCCGAAGUUCGCUCUCAGCAUCUAUGGCUGAACGUGAACUGGUAUGGAAGACAAGAACCUGGUUAAUCACUUUCAUAUUGGAGUUGGACGUCGCAUCUGGUACGGGACGCAAAUCACGCAUUGCCGAGGUCGACGUGGCAAAGCUGCGCAGGUUCCUUGACUAUCCACUCUCCCUGCCCUGUGAUAUGCGCACUGUGUGUAUCAUUGAGCUUCAUCAACUUCGAGGUAAUUCUCGUGCGAUUAUUGACAACACAUCAACUAUUGGCGAUAUUGUGUCUACAGAACUACCGGCCAUUAUGACAAGAUUACAAACCUGGUGGACGACGUGGGACGAGAUCCAUGAAAACAAUGGUUUCCAUAUCGGGGCCUUUCAACGCAGCAGCCUCAAGCUUAUGCUUCACUAUGCCAGGAUUUUUGUUUUCUGUGCUUCCCUGGCACGAAUCCAAAAAUUACAACCGACGUACAUGGAUUCAAGCUCCGAAAUGCUGGACCAAAAUGUGAUAAACCUGUGGCAGUCCCUUGUGACAACCAUCAUGGACCAAUUGGGAUUUUUGAUCAAUGAGCCAUCCUAUCGCUGUCAAUUACCCUGGGCGCCAACGUAUCCUGCUCUCACAAUCGCUUUCGUUACAACAUUCGCUCUUCGGAUAGCCAGAUGGCGUCCGAAUCUGAUCAAUCAAAGUCUUCUACUUGAAAGAGCAGAAAGAAUCUGCGAUUUCCUCAAACAACCCCCAUAUCCCGAUAUCCACCGAACUGUCUCCAUCUUCGUGAACUAUGCACGUGCCUUGAUUGCCAGUCAGCGUCCGCAGAGCAAUCAUAGUACAGAUGUACCCAUCAUGUCUCAAAGUGAGGGACCACCAUUCGAGGGACCUGAUAACCCCAUGAUCAACGGCCCGCCUCCAUCAGGGGUGGGUCCCCUCGACGAUCUCCGGUACAGAACUGGGCCGAUAAUUCAGGGCGAUAAAGAUUCGAAUAUGGUCUCAAUGCCAAGUAAUGACCCAUCUGCGGUGGCCAGAGCGCCCGUAUCUCGGCUAUCCGGCACGAUGGAAGCACCCAACUGGACUGUAUCGAACUCCAUUGCAGAUUCCUUUGGUCUGUUCGAGGAGGGGCAGAACGAUAUCUUCGAUUUCUUGCCUAUGAUGCCGUCGAUGCCACAGUAA